AGCAUUUUUAUUUAUAUACACCAACAUCCAGCCAUCCUAUUCAUUAAAUAGAAGGCAUAAACAUGGCCGCAGCAGAAACAACAACGCCGGGGCAGCUGUCGUUUGCGAUAGAGACGUUUGAGCGAAUCCAUCCGACCGAGUUCCAGCGGCGGUUCCUAUCGCAGGGCACGCGGCACGACGGCCGCGGAUUCGCUCAAUUCCGGCCCACGCACAUUGUACGCAGCACAAUCAGCACGGCGCAGGGCUCGGCCACUGUGCGCAUCGGCAACACCACAGUAGUGUGUGGGAUCAAGGCCGAGGUCUCUGAGCCCGACGUCAGCACCCCCAAGGCCGGCUACCUGGUGACAAACGUCGAACUGUCGCCUAUGUGCUCGGCGCGUUUCCGCCCAGGCGCGCCCAGUGAGCAGGCACAGGUGGCUAGCGAGCACAUCUCGCGCUUGUUCCAGAGCGCUAUUGACGUUGAGUCCCUGGGCAUCGAGGAGGGCCGUGCAUGCUGGGUUUUAUAUGCUGACAUUGUGUGUAUCAAGCAUGACGGCAAUGUACUUGAUGCAGCGAUUGUCGCAUUGCAGGCAGCGCUGCGCGAUCUGCAGCUGCCCAAGGUCGAGUUCGAUGCCGUCAGCGGUGUGGUUUCGGCGGACAAGAGCAAGAUGCAGCCGCUGGAGGUCGAGGCGCUGUAUCCGACAACACUGAGUGUCCUGGAUGGCAACUAUUUGGUGGCCGAUGCUGAUGAUGCCGAGGAGCAGAUGGCGGCGAGCAGUGUACUGGUCGUGCUGACUGACAGUGCCGUGGCUAACAUCUGGAAGCGCGGCGCUCUGGUUGAGAGGAAGCUGGUCGAAAAGUGUGUCGCGAUGGCCGAAGCCCGGAAGCAGGAGCUGGCUACACUUCUAAACUAGUGCCACAUUAUUUUUGUUUCGUGAAGCGGAAUGUAGUAAAGCGGAAC